AUGGAUCCAAACAUCCAGGGGUCUUUCUUGUUCAACAACAACCUGAACCAAUUCCCCUCAGACCUGAAGGCACCCGUGUGCCAGUACUCAGUGCCCAACUCUUUCUACAAGCUCAACCCAGGCCUCAACAGCCAGCUGCAGCCAGGGACACCUCACGGCAUCAGCGACAUCCUGAGCCGCUCCAUGGUCGGGGUGGGCUCCACGGGCACCACCACUCUGCUGUCUGGAUACUCCUCCAUGGGUGGAUUCGGCCCCUCCGUUACCAGCACGUCCAUGUACUACAACCGAGACUACAACCCCUCGCUGGGCGGCUUCUCCAAGCUCGGGGCAGAGUGCCCGAUGAAGGGUCGCAGCAUGAGCUGUUGGGCAGAGAGCAGCUGCGACUGGAGAGGAGGAAGGCAGCAGUGCACCAACAGCACAGGUUCUCUGGGAGAAAUACCCAGCAGGAAGAAACACACCAGACCAACAUUCAGUGGGCAUCAGAUAUUUGCUCUGGAGAAAACCUUCGAGCAGACCAAGUACUUGGCUGGACCAGAGAGAGCAAGGUUGGCUUAUUCUCUCGGAAUGACUGAAUCACAAGUUAAGGUGUGGUUCCAGAACCGGCGCACCAAGUGGAGGAAGAAGAGCGCGUCUGAGCCGAGCUCCACGCAGGCCAGCUGCGCGGGCCAGGCCGGGGAGGCCUCGGACAACGAGGUGGAGGACGAGGAGUACAACAAGCCCCUGGACCCCGACUCUGACGACGACAAGAUCCGCCUGCUGCUGCGCAAGCACCGCCGGGCUUUCUCCGUGCUGCGCCUCGGGCCGCACCCCGUCUGAAGCCCUUCAUUCACGCACAUUCACGCACACUCACGCAGACACGCACCUACACGCUGCUCGGUAGACCCGCAUGCUGUCAUAAAUAAUUAGUUUUGAAUACAGAGUUUAAUCAGCAAGCAGUUGCGCAUGCGCAAAACGGUAGACUUGGGGAAUUAAGUUUAAAAUGCUUAUUUUAAAAUUAAACCAGAACCAGACUCCAGGCAGAAACUGGUAAAACAUCUGUGAUAACUGUGAAUGUGAGAGAGGACUGAGACCGUCACAGAUGUAUUUUUUGAGUAGGUGAAGCUCUAUUUGAAUAAACAUGAAGCUAUGAAAACAUGUGACAUGUGUAGGAAAAAAUUAUUUGAAUAGAUCAGUGAACAUAACAUUCCUGGUUUCCUUGUGAAGAGUGAGGAGCAAUCAAGUAAACAGCAAAUCUUCGUGAUAUACAUUGAGGUAAAAUGUAAAGAAACUAAGGUCAAACAUUUCUAACAUUCUUGGUACACAAAUAAGACAUUCCCUGACAGUGUUUAUGGUUCAUGUCAGGCCUCAAGUACAUUCUUAUUUGCUUUUUAAAGGUGUCAGUGAAUUAUGUGUUUUAAUCUGCUAAUUAUACUCUGAGCAAAUGAGAAUUUUGUUCUUAUUUAAAU